CCGGUUCCUAUUAUCGUUAUUAGUUUGUUUCUAGAUAACAGAUAGCACUGCUGUACAUCUUCAAUUUUUACCAUGGUAACUUGCAUCUCCAUUGUCUAUCUGUCUGUGAUCUUCUGUGAUUGAAUGUUGUGUGUGCAAGUUUUCAUAUUUCGUUCAAUUUGGAAGGAUUAAUGUAAUGACGUUUAUUCGUAAACAUUGGAAUCAUUGCAUUAUUUUAUAAAAUGUGCACAAAAUUGUUUGUUUGUAUAUUGAUACUUAACACAUAUCAAUAUAUAACAUAUGUCUAAAUGUCAAGGAAAAAUCGAAAAUUAAUAAAUCCUUAACCACAAUAAAAAUCCAUGUAAUUAAGUUCUGUUGUAGUGCCAAAAUUAAAAAAAGAAAACUAGCGACAUACUGAAUGUGCUAUUUUUAAAGAAAACCAUACAAUAAGUAAAUACAUUGACAGUAUCAAUGGUAUUAAUAACUGAAUGAACAACUAAAGUAAACUAUAAAUCAUAAUGGAUGUGUUGACAAAAUUGCGAAAUACUGUUAGCAAUACAAUUUCCAACACUGUCCAAAACACAGCGUAUGGUUUAUCUCAGUUAUCAAAUGUCCUUCCGGGUAAUCCAGUUACGAGAGAAUUUGAAAUAAAUGCACAUAUAGCGAGUGCAGGGCCGGCAUUACUCUGGAAAAUUUACAGUGGUUACAAAAAGUCUACAAAACAAGAAGCAGCAAUAUUUGUAUUUGAGAAACGCGUUCUUGACAAGUAUUCGAAAAAUGAUAGAGAGGUCAUCCUGGAAACUCUCAAAAGAGGUGUCGCGCAAAUAACAAAAUUGCGACACCCUCAAAUUUUAACUGUACAGCAUUCUUUGGAGGAAUCAAGAGACAGUUUAGCAUUUGCAACUGAACCUGUAUUAGCUAGUCUAGCUAACAUUUUAGGGAAUCAUGAUAAUUUACCACAACCAAUACCAGUGGUACUAAAGGACUAUAAACUACAUGAGAUUGAAAUUAAGUAUGGACUUUUACAGUUAGGAGAAGGCUUAGCAUUUUUACAUGGAGAUGUUAAAUUGGUCCAUAGAAACUUGUGUCCCGAAUCCGUUGUUAUUAAUAGUCACGGAGCAUGGAAAAUUUUUGGAUUUGAUUUUUGUGCUUUAAAUCAAAGUAUGGAAGGUACGCAACCCUUGUGGUCAUAUGUGGAAUAUGAUAUGUCAUCUUCGUUUGUGGUACAUCCAAAUUUGAAUUACCAAGCUCCAGAAUGCAUCCUCGCAAGUAGCGUUAGCAGAGCCAGUGAUAUUUUUUCUUUGGGAAUACUAGCAUACAUUCUACAUUCUCCAAUGAAUGUUCCUCUUCACGAAUGUAACAACGAUUUCAUGAAGUGUAAAAAGUUUUUAGAAAACUUCACGGGUUCGAUUAUAGUUUCUAAACUUCUUCCCAUUCCAGAAACUCUUAGAAAUACAGUUAAAUUGAUGUUAAAUCAUAAUCCUGAAUUAAGACCUGAUGCACAUCAAUUUGUGAAGAUCGAAUAUUUCACAGAUAUAGGAGUGAAAACUUUGAAUUAUUUAGACAAGAUUUUCCAGUGGGAUAAUCUACAGAAGUCACAAUUUUAUAAAGGACUACCACAGCUUCUGAAGCAAUUACCACACAGAGUUACGCUUCAUAGAGUCCUUCCAUCUUUAUAUAAGGAAUUGGUUAACCCUCCGAUGAUUCCUUUUGUCUUACCAAGCAUAUUAUAUGUAAUGGAAACAAGUUCUGUAGAAGAAUUUAGAGAAUACAUAUUACCAAAUAUUAAGCCAGUUUUAACUUUAGAUGAUCCACCGCAAAUUAAUCUCGUAUUAAUGCAACAUGUUGAUCUACUACUAAAAUUAUGUACUACAGAAGUAAUAAAAACAGAUGUAGUUCCAAUGUUGCUACGUGCCUUAGAAUCUGAAUGGGAACAACUGCAAGAGUUGUGUUUAUCGGCUUUACCUAAUAUUAUAACAAUGAUUGAAGGGCCAGUGAUCAAAAAUGCAAUUUUGCCUAGAAUGAAAAAGAUUUGUUUACAUGGGAAAGGAAGUAAUGGUAAAAGUCUUGGAGUCAGAGUCAAUUGUUUAUUGUGUCUUGCAAAAUUGUUACCUAAUUUUGACCGAUGGAUGGUUCUUGAUCAAGUAUUACCUUUUCUACAAGAAAUUCCACACUCUGGCGAACCUGCAAUUCUUAUAGCUAUUAUAGGUAUUUAUCGAAUAUUACUAAGUCACAGUAAAUUAGGAGCAAGUAAAGAAAUAUUGGCAACAAAGAUUUUACCAUUUUUAUUGCCAUUGUGCGUUGAACAAAAUUUCAGUCUAUCACAGUAUGAAAUUCUUUCAAAUCUUGUCAUUGAAAUGAUAAAUUGUGUAACAACAGAGCACAAAAAAGCUUUGAAGCAAUUAGACGCAAUGCGUCGUGAGACUCAACAGCUUGAUCAAGAACUCUCGCAAACAUCCAGUAUUUAUAAACAAAUGAAUUUAAGUACCGAUACUAAUGUAAUUCCUACAAUUCCUCCUCCGAAUACAAAUACAAAUUUGAAGACUGUACAGAUUGAAAAUGGAUUAACAAUGGAAGAUAAAUUUCGAUUAAUUCAACAGCAAGAAGUCCAUCAAAGAUUGCAAUCUCAACAACCAUUAAUGCCAACAUCUAUACAACAACGUACAAAACCUCCAGUAAAAGAUUUAACUGAUACUUUAUUACAAUCAAAUUUAGAUCAAUUAAAUCUUUCAAUCUCAAGUUCAAAACCUAAUUAUUCUUGGAUGUCUUCAAACUCGAAUCCACAGCAAUAUUCCAAUACACAAGGAAUGAAUGUAAAUUCAACUAAGAACACAAAUACUUGGAUUUCUAAUCAAUCAACGUCGAAUCCAACUACAUCUCAAAAUAAUAUCAAUUACCCUAUAAAUCAGGGAAAUUUUGUAGCUAAUCAAUUAGAUUUUAAUUCAUAUUUGAAUUCUAAUACAAGUCAAAAAGUUGAAAACUCACCUUCGCAAGAUAUAGUGGAUUUACUUAGUUAAUGAUUUUAACAAUGCAAGUUCAUUUGAUAUCUUUAUUGUCUAUUGAUAAUCAAUUUUUAUUACAGUAGAAUGAAAUUGUCUGUUUGGUGAUUUCUGAAUAUAUAUUUGUUACAGGCUUAUCGAAAUCUAAGUUAAUAUGAAAAAUCAUAAGCCUACCAACAAUAUAUUAUUAAUCCAUAUCGUUAUCUUAUUUCUAAAAUUAUGCAAGCGAAAAUUUUAUAAAUUGCCGCGUUAUAUUGAGUGUAUAUCGUAACACGUACAUUCACUUCAGCAAU